UUGAACGUACUGCGCAUGCGUGAUGUCAGCUGCGGUUUGAAAAGUGAUUCAAAUAAAGAAUCAAUAGAUAAACGCGGCUGUAAAAUGUCCAGAGAAGAGGAUGACAGCAAGAGCAAGGCGUUCCGGCUGCCGGAGGCUCUGGAUAUCCGUAAAUUUCCCUGUGUCAGAAAUGCCGUUCUGCAUGGAGCUGGAGGCUCGGUUGUUUUUGGACUGCUGCACUUUUUAUUCACCAGUCGGGUGAGGAGAUCUUUUGACGUAGGAUACGCCGGCUUUCUGGUCACCACACUGAGUUCCUGGGUUUAUUGUCACUUCAAGACAUUUCAACUACUUGUGGAGAAAAAGCAAACCCAGUAUGCCAUCAAGAAUAAGUUGUUGUACGAAGGGACCAGCCUGGACCCCACAAAAAAAGCAACAGAGCAGUCAACAGCGCAGGUGCCGCCGGAAAGCACGUGAACUCCAGCGAUGAAGCUCCUCCCCCUCACAGAUAGAAGGUUUCAGGAGAAAGAAGGGAUCGAUUGGGGUGGAUGCAGAAUGUCUGGUGGCACUCCACUGUCAUGAUUGUUUUGUUUGUUUGUUUUUUAAAUAGCUUUAGGAAAUGACGAAUAAUGGUUGAGUUACAAAAAAUGCACUCAAACUAACAACGAACCAAGUCGCCACCCACUGAGUGAUCGUCUGUUAGCGGUACAAAAUACUUUCUAACUCCACCCUCUCAAAAGAGGGUCUGGAUACACUUAACGUUUAUCAGAUUUUGAAGUGGCGAAGGAGCCGUUGUAUCCACAGUCAACAUCGGGCGGCGAUUAGCCGAGAUCUCCCACAUAAUCAUCAUUGUGACAGAGUUAUCACACAAGCAGGAAAAGACUGGAGAUGACAAUAAUUUUGCCUACUGAUCAAGCACGAGUCCAUCACCAAGUAGUAUUUUAAAGAAAAAUUAAUCGAUUGCUGAAAGUUUUUGUCACCCAACAGUUGCGUCACCAUUUCCACAGCGUCUUUUGCUGGUAACUAUUAAAAAAACCAUGCAGGUCUGUUGAAUCCGACUCCUGUGGAGAUCUCAGACGGUCAGCCUUGAAUUAAUGCAGUCUUAGUUCUGCCUGUUUACAUUUCAGCUAAUAUUUCAAAAACUGGAUUUCUGUCAUGACACAGUCAUUAUAAAAUGUGAUUCUGUUCUCUAACCCGGUGUUGCUGCCUCCAAACGUGCGCUUUUUGUCCAUGAAGGAAAACUGUUCCUGUAGUGUGUUCCAAUCCCAUUAAAAAAAUGCUCCUACUAGUGAUUACACUGGUCCAAAAAAAAUUUUGUAUGGACUUUGAUAACUGAAUUAGGCUAAUUUUGGAGUCCUGAAUCCAAAUCUGAGCUCAGAUUUCCUCCAUCACGUCACGUUUUUUUUUUUUAUCUGCAUAUUCCGUAUUGAUGCAUUACGCAAAAGUUGCUCAUUCACUCAUGAGUUUGAUGCCACUGUUCAUGUACAAAAGCAGCUUCAAGAGCAUAGUUUUAAAACCAGGUUCACAAAAUGUUAACAAGAGCCGUAAUAAAGUUUAUGGCACCGAAGAAGUGUACGAGACUGCAGCUUUGCUUCAAUGCUUGAUAAAAAAAAUAUGUUUUCAUAUCUCAAAAACAUGAUGUGAUUGCCAAAAAAUAACACCAGAUUCAGGUUCAGCACCCCAAAAUUACACAACAUCCAUUGAAAAAUUCUGCUAGAAAAAUCGUGUUGACCAGUGUAAUUUUCCAUUAUUUAAUAAUUUUCUGUUAUAAUAUUCAGUUAUUUGCAAAGCAAAUUAGUAAUGAGUCUGAAAAUCUUCCAUAACAAGCCAAUCUUCUUUGCUGUGGUUACAGAAAUUACUUGCUAUAAUAUAAAAUGUAGUUUCAUCUGA